CGGCGGCGGGGCCGGGCGCUGCGUCCCUCCCGCCGCGGCUGCCAGCGCCGCCGGCACCAUGGGCUGCUGCUGCCGCCUCCUCUUCCUCGCCCUCCUCCUCCUCCCGGCAGGACUGGGCCAUGACUCCCCAGAGUCACCCCACAUCCCCAUCCGCUCCCCCUUCCUCUGGGGGGGUGUCCCAGUGAAACCAGACUCCAGGGAUGUCCCCACACCAGCUCCAGGCCAGCCCGAGCUGCCCUUGUCCACGGGACCUUCCGGAGAUGGGACGUCCUCCAGGCCCCUGGAGGGGGAUGGCCACAAUGCCAGCGCCCCGGUGGCAGCAUUGUCCCCUGCUCCUGUCACCGCAGCCUCCAGCCCCGGCUCGGUGCCACCCGCCUCGGAGGCGGCCCCGGCUCCGUGGACAGCAAACACCGCCAGCCUGGCAGGAAGCACCGAGGAUUUGGGGGCAGCUUCCAGCCCCACAGACACGGCCAUGCCAUCACCUCCCUCCUCCCUUCCCACCCACGACCCCACCUCACCUCCUGGGAUGGGCCCGUCCCCGACGCCCAUGAGCCCUGCUGCCACCCAGCUGCUGAGCAAGGAUGUCCCUUCCCUGGGGACACUGGCCAUGGCAUCGAGCCUGGCCAUGGAGCCAACAUCCCCCCCAGUGACUGAGAUGAGCCCCACGGAAGCCGAGGCCACGGCCUCGGAGAAAACCACCGGAGUCACCAUGGAGGAGGUGCCACGUGCCCUGAGUGCAGGGAGCAUCGUGGCCAUAACCGUGACGGUCAUCGUGGUGGUGGUGCUGGUGUUCGGGGCAGCCGCGUACCUCAAGAUCAGGCACUCUUCCUACGGACGGCUUUUGGACGACCACGACUACGGCUCCUGGGGCAACUACAACAACCCUCUCUAUGAUGAUUCCUAGCAGGGAUGAAGAGAAAAAACCCCAUAAACCCUUAAUUUAUAAGCGCUUCUGCAGCAGAGCAUCCACUGUCGAGGAGAUGCCGGGCAUGGAGCCCCUGCCUCAGGCAGGAUUACAGUGGGGCUGGUGGAUGGCAGGAACUGGAGGGCAGCCGUGCAGUGCUGACAAUAAACCUGAAUUUUGGUUGGCCUUUGAGCAGGAAACCAGG